AUAUAUAAAAUAUAAAAAAAAAUUAACAAAAACGAAAUUAUUCGAUAAUGAAUAAAAUCGGCAAAAUUGGUUUUUUAGGGGGUGGUCGCAUAGCCCAGGCUAUGGCUAAAGGUUUCAUAUCGGCCGGUUUAACAAAAGCCGAAGCAUUAAUUGCCAGUGUCCAUCCGGCAGAUACUUUAUCCUUGGAAUCAUUUCAGCAAUUAGGUGUAGAGACGAUAGUUAAAAAUGAUCCAGUUGUCAACAGCUCCGACAUUGUCUUCGUUUCGGUUAAGCCUCAAGUAGUUCCUGAGGUUUUAACCGAAGUUAAGCCCAUAAGUGAUAAUAAAUUAUUCAUUUCCGUGGCCAUGGGCAUAACAAUAAAAACACUGGAACAGAAUCUUUCACCGAAAGCUCGUGUAAUUCGGGUAAUGCCAAACACUCCAGCAGUUGUGCAGUCUGGGUGCUCUGUCUUCGUACGAGGUAGUAAGGCUACCGAGCAGGACGCUAAAAACACUCAAUCUCUUUUAGAAGCCAUUGGCACUUGCGAAGAAGUUGGUGAAUACCUUUUAGAUCCUAUAACGGCCUUAAGUGGCAGUGGCCCUGCAUAUGUAUUUGUAAUGAUUGAGGCACUGGCGGAUGGCGCGGUACGUAUGGGUCUUCCGCGAGAUAUGGCGUAUCGAUUGGCGUCACAAACAGUUAUGGGUUCAGGCCAUUUAGUAAGAGACAGCAAAGAACAUCCGGGAGUUUUGAAAGAUAACGUAACUAGCCCAGCUGGAUCAACAGCGUUUGGUUUAAAGCACUUAGAGGAUAAAGGUUUUCGUUCGACUGUGGCUGGAGCCGUCGAGGAAGCGACUUUGAGGUGCCGCCAAAUAUCAGGAGCCGCUUAAGUUUGAUUACAAAAAAA